AUGGGAACAAAAUGUCAAAAUGAGCAUAAAGAAAAAAAGGAAUUAGGAAAAUAUAUUUGUGUCAUAGUAGCAGAAAAAAAUAUUAAAGUGGCUGAAAGAGCCACAAUAACGGGUCGAAAUGAUGACAUGACAGGGUUCGAGACCCUUUUCCAGACUAAGGAACGUCAGACUAAGGAACGUCAGACUAAAGAACGUCAGACUAAAGAACGUCAGACUAAGGAACGUCAGACUAAGGAACGUCAGACUAAAGAACGUCAGACUAAGGAACGUCAGACUAAGGAACGUCAGACUAAGAAACGUCAGACUAAGGAACAUCAGACUAAGGAACGUCAGACUAAGGAACGUCAGACUAAAGAACGUCAGACUAAGGAACGUCAGACUAAGAAACGUCAGACUAAGGAACGUCAGACUAAGGAACGUCAGACUAAGAAACGUCAGACUAAGGAACGUCAGACUAAGGAACGUCAGACUAAGGAACGCCAGACUAAGGAACAUCAGACUAAGGAACGUCAGACUAAGAAACGUCAGACUAAGGAACGUCAGACUAAGAAACGUCAGACUAAGGAACGUCAGACUAAGGAACAUCAGACUAAGGAACGUCAGACUAAGGAACGUCAGACUAAGAAACGUCAGACUAAGGAACGUCAGACUAAGAAACGUCAGACUAAGGAACAUCAGACUAAGGAACGUCAGACUAAGGAACGUCAGACUAAGGAACGUCAGACUAAGGAACGUCAGACUAAGAAACGUCAGACUAAGGAACGUCAGACUAAGAAACGUCAGACUAAGGAACGUCAGACUAAGGAACGUCAGACUAAGGAACGUCAGACUAAGGAACGUCAGACUAGGUAUCCUGCAAGGGAAUAUGCAACGCUGGCGUGA